AUGUUACAUCUAAAGAAUAUUGCCAAAUCGGUUGUACCGCCUCUAAAAAAUUCAAUCCAAAAUGAGGUAGCAAAUACGAUAAAAAUUGCUCCUGCUGCUGUGAACGUUUGCUGCCGAACAUAUUCAAGCCAUGAAAUCCCAGAGAGGCUUAGAGAUAUACCAACAAGUGCAAAUCCUAGAUUUUUUGACAUGGUGGAGUAUUUUUUCCACCGUGCCUGUCAAGUCGUUGAGGAUAAGUUGGUUGAAGACAUGAAGUCCAGAGUAUCCAUUGAGGAGAAGAAAAAGAAGGUGGCUGGUAUCCUCAAGCUGAUGCAGCCAUGUGAUCACAUUCUUGAAAUUCAAUUCCCCCUGAGACGUGACUCCGGAGAUUACGAAAUGAUUCUCGGCUACCGAGCUCAGCAUUCAUCACACAGAACGCCAACCAAAGGAGGUAUAAGAUUCUCAACAGACGUGACACGUGACGAAGUUAAGGCUUUGUCUGCAUUGAUGACAUUCAAGUGCGCCUGUGUGGACGUGCCCUUCGGAGGAGCGAAGGCCGGCAUUAAGAUCAAUCCCAAGGAAUACUCCGAACACGAGCUGGAAAAGAUCACUCGCCGAUUCACACUCGAGCUCGCCAAGAAAGGAUUUAUUGGGCCGGGUGUGGACGUGCCAGCCCCCGACAUGGGUACCGGCGAGAGGGAGAUGUCCUGGAUCGCUGACACAUACGCCAAGACCAUCGGCUUCCAAGAUAUCAACGCACACGCCUGCGUCACAGGAAAACCAAUCAACCAGGGCGGUAUCCACGGCAGAGUGUCAGCCACCGGCAGGGGAGUCUUCCACGGCUUGGAGAACUUCAUCAACGAAGCCAACUAUAUGAGCAUGAUCGGUACGACUCCCGGCUGGGGCGGUAAGACCUUCAUAGUCCAGGGUUUCGGUAACGUCGGUCUGCACACGUGCCGCUACCUCGUCAGGGCUGGCGCUACAUGCAUCGGUAUCAUCGAACACGACGGUGCUAUUCACAACCCUGACGGUAUCGACCCUAAGGCUCUCGAAGACUAUAGGAUCGAGAAUGGAACUAUCGUCGGCUUCCCGGGGGCGAAGCCCUACGAGGGUGAGAACAUGUUGUACGAGAAGUGCGACAUCUUAGUACCAGCAGCUGUAGAACAAGUCAUACACAAGGAGAACGCUCACAAAAUACAGGCUAAGAUAAUCGCCGAAGCUGCCAACGGUCCAACCACGCCAGCGGCUGACAAGAUCCUCAUAGACCGCAACAUAUUGGUGAUCCCGGACUUAUACAUCAACGCUGGUGGUGUGACCGUGUCAUUCUUCGAGUGGCUCAAGAACCUCAACCACGUGUCGUACGGCAGGCUCACCUUUAAAUACGAGAGGGAGUCCAACUACCACUUACUGG